AUGGACGACUCGGCCCCCUCAAGGUACAUCACGCUCGUCUCGAGCGAUGACUUCGAGUUCGUCGUGCUGCGGGACGCCGCCAUGAUCAGUCCCAUGAUCAAGAGCAUGCUCGAGAGAAGGGGUCCUGCCGGCAUGAGCCUCCUCGAGGCCCAGACCGGCCGAUGCGCCUUUCCCGAGAUCACAGGCCAAGUGCUCGAAAAGGUAGUCGAGUACUUCCACUACUGGUACAAGAACCGCAACCGGGAAGAUGUUCCAGACAUGGACAUCCCCGUCGAGCUCUGCCUCGAGCUCCUCAUGGCUGCCGACUACCUGCAGCUCGACAGUAAGAGCUAG